AUGAAAAGACAAAAUCUUGGUGUGAAAGAAGCGGUCAAAUGCCUUUUGAGAGCAAGAAAAGCGGUGAGACAGACGUCAAAACCGAUUGAUCAGAGCCCCAUGAUCGAGAAUUUCCACAAAUGGGCUGGUAAAAAACAGAAAUUAUACUUUCAAAGCGUUCGAGAUGCUGAUCUAAAAUUGAGAUUGUUUGGUUUGCAAAAUAAUGUUUAUGCAGAUGUACUGGCGUCACCUAUGCGACAAGAUACUAUUGCCAAGGCCCGAAUUCCAAGAGAUUUGCUUUUGAAGUUGAAAUUGGUACCUAAGCUUAAGCAGAGUAAGGAUUUAAUUUACGAAGUGGAUUCAGCGAUAUGUUGUGAUGAAACCAAGGGAAUACCGUUUUAUGUCGUCAACAAUCGAGAUUUUUUGAUGAAAAAUUCUAAAACCCAUAAGCAAUGGCUGCCCGUGAACUUACACACCUCCCAGUCGCGAAUGAUCGCAUUGCCAGACGUCGACUUCAAUGUAAAUCGUUUGCUUAAUAGACACGAGAAGAAGCUUUCUGACGUAAGCCAGACAACCACCACAACGACCAAGCCCGGGCUCAGCGACAAAAAUACAAAGCUUGCUAAAACCAAAUGGCAACUUUCGUUGUUUAUGAAAUGA